CUCCGAUUGCGCUGAUUGUACAGACUGCUGCUACCGCUGUUGUCUGCCUCCGUUUGCACCAGUGCUACAUCAGAGUAAUGACUAUCUUCUGAUACACCUGCUGAAGAUCUCUGCCCUCCUGGACAAACACAUGGACACAGACACAUCCAGACAGCAUGGGCUCCAGACUGAAAGAAAACCCUGAGCGAACCUUCUACUGGUUCUUUGAAGCAACUUGCCCCGUAGCCAGAGACAAAGAUCCUGGUGUACUGUUUCAGUUUCCAGAGGACUUCAGUGAUGAGGAGUCUUGUCAAACAUUGCCCAGGUUCUGCUUCCCAUAUGACAUACAAAGAGCAAGGGAGGGAGUGGCCGUGCAGCACUUUACUUUUGUUUUGACUGACCUCGAGGGAUGCCAGCGGUUUGGCUUUUGCCGUCUCACCAACAGCACAAAUACCUGCCUUUGCAUACUCAGUUAUCUUCCAUGGUUUGAAGUCUUUUACAAACUUCUUAACAACUUGGCUGAUUACCUCACGAAAGGGCAGACCAAUGAGAUGAAAGCGUUGCUGGCUGCACUCUAUAAGCAGCCCUUACCACUGGCAGCUGGAUCUGUCACUCUGCAAAUGGUAAAUAUCGAAUUAUCCAAUGAGAACCAGGAGUCACACUUGACUUUAUGGCUGUUUUCUGUCAGUGGUUGGCGUGUUGUGUUUUUUUCUGAGGGAGAGCAGCUAUUGGUCAGCACAGAGGUGUCCCAUCCUGUUGGUCACCCAGAGGGACAAGAGGGGGUUCCAUACUUCAUCGCUCCAGACCCCAGAAGUCUCCCUUCCAUCCCUGAAAAUAGGAACUUGACAGAGCUAAUUGUAGCAGUAGAUGUGGGGAACCUGCUCCAGCUCUAUGCCAGCAUGCUGUUUGAGAGACGCAUCCUCAUCUUUGCCAGCAAACUCAGCACUCUGACGUCUUGCGUGCAUGCACUCAGUGCUGUGUUAUACCCCAUGUACUGGCAACACAUCUUCAUCCCUGUCCUACCACCCCAUCUACUGGACUACUGCUGUGCACCAAUGCCUUACCUAAUAGGGGUCCAUACCAGUCUAUCUGAGCGGGUCAGGGGCCGCGGGUUGGAGGAAGUUGUAAUUCUGAAUGUGGACACAAACACUCUGGAAACCCCCUUUGAUGACCUUAAAAGAAUACCUUCAGAUGUGAUGUCCGGGCUUAAGGUGUGUUUGAAGCGUCAGGCAGUGUCUCCUGGCUGUGGUGUAUCAAGGGCCUUCCUGAAAGCUCAGGCUCUGCUGUUUGGAGGCUACAGGGACGCACUGCAGGAUGACAAGGAGGGUGAGAUAUGGUUCAGUGAGGAACUGUUUGUAGAUCACAAGUCUGCCAGUAUGAGGCAGUUCCUAAAGAGUGCCAUUCAUUUACAGUCCUUCAAACAGUUCAUUGAUGGUCGCUUGGAUAUUCUGAACAAAGAGAAGGAACCAGAUGAUCUCUUUGAGGAGGAAAUCUUAAAGUGUGAAACAGCUGCAGGGAGAAGCAAAUCGUAUCAACAGUUGGUUGGUCAUUUAAAGAAAGGGGGAGGAGCACUCAUCCUUAACAUGAAGUCCAAAGCAAACAUGGGGGCCAAAGGUCUCACCAAGUCAGGUUUGAAAAACCUGCUGAUGCACAAGGCCCACAAUGAACAACACACCCUACAAAGAGGUGGAUCUGUGUCGCACCGCCGUGCUAAAUCUGACUGCUUGCAGAACCGCCUGCCAAUCACACAACACUUUGGGAGGUCACGUCCCCGUCGGCCUGCUCACAAACUUAGGGUUACUGGAAACGAGGAGGACAUGCAGGACUCUGGAGACACAUGGGAUGGAGCUGUGUCUGGGCCUGUGGUCGAGGACUCUGAGCUAGAGAAGGAUAAAGAUGAGGGGGAAGAUUCCUUACUGUGUGACUCGGAGGAGAUGGAUCUGCUGGGGGAGAUCUUUGACACCCUCAGCUCCCGGAGCUCCCACGACCGCGGCCUUCUGUAUGGCACACGUAGCCUGGAUCUGUUUGGACCGGACAGCCAUGACUAUAUCACAAAGCGCGGUUUUCCAGCCAACCCCAGCCAGGAGAGCCUGUCUCUGUCCAUCAGCGGCAGUGGCAGCCUGCACAGCUGGAAUCUGGAAACGACAGAGGAGCUUUCAGACCUGACGGAAGACUCUGAUUGGCUGUGCCUGGACACCAGCGUACCAGAGGAGGAGGUGACAGAGAGUCUGCUGGCAGCGUGUGAAGUGGGGGAGCAAGAAAGCAGACAGAGGGAGGUCAGAGAGAAACAGGAAGAAGUGAAGGCAGCAAUAAAUGGGAACCAAGAAAAAGAAAUAGUGAACGGAAAUAACUUUAAGGAAGUGAAGUUAGAGGAAGAGACAAAGAAAGAGGGUCAAGAAAAGAGAGGGAAUUUAGGAGAGGACCCUGUGAAAGAACUGGCUGAGAAGCAAAAGGAUGAAGGGUUGAAAGAAAAGAGGGAAGACGAGCAAAAUCAAAGUGAGGAGGUAGCUGAGGGACAAGACAUAGAAACAGGAACAAAUGAAAUGCAGAAGGGCGAAGCAAGAGAAGAAGAGGGAAAGGAGAAGCAGGAGGAGAAAGGUGAAGAGGUGGCAGAAUCUUUAAACAAACUUUUACAACUGAAUACCCUUCAUCCCAAUGCCGAGGAGGAGCAGCAAAGACAGGAGGACAUGAAGAGACCCACAGCUUCUCCUGGGCCUCAGAGUCUCAUUGUUGAUCCUAAACCUGCAGCAGGUCAGGAAAAAAGGAAUGAAGAAGCAGUCAAGAAAGAGGAGCGGGAGAUGAGACAGACUCCCUCUCCUCCUAAAGUGCUAUCUGCUGUAGCGCGCUUCCAGUCUCAGGCGCAAAGGCAGGGCUUUCAAGUGAAGUACAGGACCAAGGAACUGGCUGAACCUGGGAGACCUGGCAACGUGCUUUGGAGCAGGGAGAAGGUACAAGCACACCCGCCAUGUGACUCAAAUAUAUCAGAAGAGCAAAAACGCUCAGAGGGGCAUGAGGAGGAAGACCUGCCUCUAAUUAAAGUGUCUGACCUGAAGAAGAAAUUUGAAGCUUAAAUUAUAAGGCUGGUGACAUUGUAGUUACUUUCAACAAUGUGCAAGUCUGUCUUUCUGAUUUUCUUUUUUUGUCUGUGACUCUCAGCCCCAGAACCAAUUGUUUAAAUUGGCUCAGUAAUUUCCUAACACAGUAGCUUAAAGCGUAACUCUCACCAAAAUGCAACCUAGUGCCCCUACCACUCCCAUUCAAAAGGCCAUUUGACUGAAAAAUGAGAAUACGGUAAAUCUUAAAAGUGGCGCUUCCGUCCUAAAUAUGCUUUUAAACGAAAGUUUGACUCGGGUACAUUCACAAAAAGACCCUAGGUUGCAUUUUGGCGAGAGUUACGCUUUAAAUCAAAUGUUACAAAAACUGGAGUAAAUAGUGCAUUUGCUGGGGACUAUUAUCAGCCACAGAUAUGGUUCAGCAGGACCGUGUACGUGGGAUUGAGUCAAAAUUAACUAAAGUAUGUAUGUUAAUCAUAAUGAAGGGACAUGUCACCCAGUGAGGCUCACUGACAUGUUUUUAAUGUUUUGGGUCUGUUCAUUUUUACAAUAAGAAAAACAUACGACACCUUGCCAUGAAUUAGCAAAUAUUUAAACAUGUUUGUCUGAAUGUUGUAUACUUGAUGAAAUGAUGUUGAAUACACUUAGAAUUAAGACAUCAAGGAAGCAUGGUUUCAAUAAAGAAGUUGUCCAACACUGAGGAAAAUUAAUGUUUUGCAUAUCAGCCACUGUAUGAUGGGUCUUUUGUCACGAUACAUGAAUAUUUUCUUCAAGUGUAUGUGUGUGAGACAUGUAAGCACUUCAUCUGCUAAAACUGACAAAGGAGUAUAAUUAUUGAAUUUUGGCGAGUCUUUACACAGAAUCUGAAUAACGUAAAUGGUAAUAAACUAAACAUUUUGAACAUCUAACAUCCCCUUUCCUUUAAUGGGCCAAGAAAAAAGGGACGGAAAGAGAGUCGUAGUACUGGGUGUGCACAUAUCUGGUUUAUUAACAGAACACCUUGUGUACCAUACAUACUUUUAUUUUGUUUCUAAUAAAUUGAGCUUCUCAGAGCUUGACAUAAAAGUGCA